GGCGGGGCCGCGUUUAUGGUCAAAGAUAAGGCGGGGCGGCCUUGUGCUGGAGAAUUCCCUCCCCUCGCCCGUCAGGUUCCCCGCGGACUUGCCUGGAGCGGUCCCCACCCCAGCCCGCGCCGGCUUCGCUGGGAGGAGAGGCGAGAGGGAGCGGAGCGCCGGCGGCCGCUUCUCCGCGCGCGCCUUCCCGGAGGGCCGCUCUGAGGAAGCGGGGUCCAUCGCGGGGCGUCCGGCGUCCUUCCGAGAGAGGCGCGCCGCAGCCAUGGGGGCGUGGGCCGGGCGCCCUUCCGCGGCGCUGCUCUGGGCGCUAGCGCUGCUCGCGCUGCCGCGGGUCCGCGGUGAUUGUAGUACUCUGCCAACAUUUCAGAAUGCUCGUCCAGAAGAAAACUAUGAUGCUAAUAAAAUCUUUGUUGAUGGAACCACCAUAACUUACAGAUGUGAUACUGGUUAUGUUAAAAUACCUGGGAAGUCAGACUCAGUUACUUGCCAGGGUGUGGAAUGGUCAGAAAUCCCACAGUUCUGUGAUCGUAGCUGUAAUGCCCCACAGCGGUUCCUUACUAUGCAGUUGGAUGCCACAUUCAUAAAUAAAAAUUACUUUCCUAUUAACAGCACUGUGACUUUUGUGUGUCGGCCAGGACAUACACUCAGUAAAUUUGGUCAACUCAUCAGUACCUGUCAGGAAAAUGGAACUUGGUCAUCUGUCUCAGGGUCUUGUAAAAAAAAAUCAUGCCCAAAUCCAGAAUCAUUAGAUAAUGGUCGAGUUGAAAUACUAACUGAUAUCCUGUUUGGUUCUCAAAUUGAAUAUUCUUGUGAAGAAGGUUACACUUUAAUAGGUGAUAGUAAAAGAUUGUGUGAGAUUGCUGGAAACAAAGUUGUAUGGAGUGGUGAUGUUCCAGUUUGCAAAGGUAAUAUUCCUACUUCUAAAAUGCAGUCUUUUCAAAAACUUCCUAAAUUUUCUUUUGCAGAAGUCAGAUGUGAAAUUCCACAAGUUGACAAUGCAGUCCCAAUAUCCGGAUUUGGACGCUCUUAUACUUAUAGGGAUACAAUUAUUUUUGAAUGCAAAGAAGGUUAUAUCUUACAGAGUAAUGACAAAAUCACCUGUGAAGCUGAUAAUAAUUGGAGCCCUGCACUUCCAGUUUGUUAUAAAGGUAGCUGUAAUGCCCCACAGCAGUUCCUUACUAUGCAGCUGAAUGCCACAUUCAUAAAUAAAAAUUACUUUCCUAUUAACAGCACUGUGACUUUUGUGUGUCGGCCAGGACAUACACUCAGUAAAUUUGGUCAACUCAUCAGUACCUGUCAGGAAAAUGGAACUUGGUCAUCUGUCUCAGGGUCUUGUAAAAAAAAAUCAUGCCCAAAUCCAGAAUCAUUAGAUAAUGGUCGAGUUGAAAUACUAACUGAUAUCCUGUUUGGUUCUCAAAUUGAAUAUUCUUGUGAAGAAGGUUACACUUUAAUAGGUGAUAGUAAAAGAUUGUGUGAGAUUGCUGGAAACAAAGUUGUAUGGAGUGGUGAUGUUCCAGUUUGCAAAGUUAUUACUUGCGUACCACCUCCAAAUAUCCAAAAUGGGGAGCACAGUGAUGCUGACAAGGAUUUGUUCAGCUAUGGUGAGACAGUGACUUAUCGUUGUGACUCAAGUGUUCGAGAUCGAUUUUCACUUAUUGGAAGUAACACCAUUUUUUGCGAUAAAGAUGGACAAUGGAAUACCAUGCCCCCUCAGUGUAAAGAAGUCAGAUGUGAAAUUCCACAAGUUGACAAUGCAGUCCCAAUAUCCGGAUUUGGACGCUCUUAUACUUAUAGGGACACAAUUAUUUUUGAAUGCGAAAAAGGUUAUAUUUUACAGAAUAACAACAAAAUUACCUGUGAAGCUGAUAAUAAUUGGAGCCCUGCACUUCCAGUUUGUUAUAAAGAGGCUUCAGUUCCUCCCAAGGAAGAAUCACAAGGAUUAGGUCCUGGCAUCAUUUUCCUGAUAGUUAUUACAAUAGUUAUUGCACUUGUGAUCAUCACUAUUAUCAUUUAUCGACAGAAGAACAGGAAAAAAGGGAAAAGUGCAACAAUUAGUGUUGACUACAAAGCUUCCUCGAAACAAGAAAAUCAUUCUGAGGAAAGCAGAUAUAUGGUUUCAGAAAAUUAAUGUAACCACCAGUCUGGCCUUUAUAUUAGUUGAAAUGUUAAAGCACUUUUAAAAUUACUUUCAAACAGCUCCUUUGCCACUUAAAUGCACUUGUUAAAUUGGAACUUUGAUGUUUAAAGAUAAGGCUUAGCAUCUUUACAUAGACUCUUAUGACCAUCCUUUGAUGUAUUGGGAAACCAGGGGAUAUGGUGCUUAAAAUGGAAAUUAAAAUGGAUAAUACACACACAUUUGCCCAGGUUAUCACAGCAUAUUGUAUAGUAUCAGGAGGACGAUGGCAAGAUAAUACUUAAAGGAAAAAAAAAGUUUGCAAAUGCAUUUAUAAUUAGUUUUGAAAUCUGCAAUAUUUUCAUUGGAUAAUUUUAAGAAAUUAAGUGACUGAAAAUAAGGGAAGGUUGAUAACCAUCAGCUUGCUAGAUAAGUAAGUAGUUUUAUAAGAAAUGUUUUUGUCAAUAUUUUAUCCUAUUUAUAACUUCUUUUGUUAUCUGUGUACAACUUAGGACAAACUUAAGAAAUUAGCUUGUGCACAUAGCUGUGAAGUUGCGUUUAUUUUCACCAAUCAAGGACAAAUAGAUUUAAGUUAAAUAAGAUAUUCCCCAAAAAAACUAUUUCUGUGAAAGUAAAGAGACAGGUCUCCAGCCAAGAAUUUCAGUACUAAGUAUACAAUGAAUACUUGAGGCCUUGCUAUCUUUUUCACAAAGCAUUAUAGAAUGGGGAAAAAGCACUAAGAUUUAGAGCUGGCUAAAUUCAAAUAGGGCAGUUAUUUUGUGGUAUCUUUAAAGCAUGUUAAAAUAAAGCUUGAGAGGCAGCAUAGAAUGGGGUACAGCAUGACACACAUGGGCAGAGCACUUAACUUAAUGACUCUAGGCCAGUGGUAUUGAGCUUAAAUAGAAACUUAGGAAAUCACAAAUUAAUAUUCAUGUUGAAUUAUAUUUUAUUUUACUAAUUUAAUCUGGUUUGGGCAACACAAAAGAAAUUUUUAAGAUAGCUUUCAGGCCUGAGUGCAAUAUCUCUACCCUAGGCUGUUCUCUAAAAUGCAGUCUCUAAGUAAAGUGUUGCCUACACACACACACACACACGUAUGUAUCAAUAAGGUGAAAGGUUUCUUUAUCAGGAGUUCCCAUACUUAAGACACUCGACCCCCUCCCUGCACAAUGUAACCAGUUUUUGCCAUCAGGGAAUAUGUUCAUGUGAUGAUUUGAAGCCUUAAAAUAUAUUCUGCAGGGGCAUACUUUCAUUUGUGAUGCCAUUUUGCCCUUCAGUGCAAAGAGAUUUUUUUAAGACUUCAGCUGAGCCAAAAACAAAACAAAACUUUAAAACGUAGUUUGUAUAUUUUCUAAGGGUAUCUGCAAAGGGAGGCUAUGAACUUCAGAAAAUUAUUAUUAGCCCAAUGUGCAGUUUACUCUUCCUAAUUGAGUGUAUUUGGGUAUAGUUGUUUGGUCAAGAAAAAAGCAAAGACUUGUAUUGUAUAUAUAUGGGUGUGUUUGUAUAUACUGAAGUAUACCCACAAUUGAGAUUCAUGAUUUUUUUAAAAAAUUGUUGCAUUUAACUGUUUCCCAUUUGUAUGUAUGGGUGUGUGUAGGUGUACAUACAUGUAGGUAUAAACCCAACAAGUUUGACAGACUCCCAUGUCAUAAUUCUUAAGUCUUUUAGAUGAAUUUCAUCUGCCACAAUUAUUGACCUUUCUCCCCCCUCUCUUUGGAUUACCUCCCAAAUUACAUAAAACAUAAAUUUUUCACCACUGAUUUAUUAGCUUUGAGCCCCCUGCCCCAAGGAGAGAAGUAGGAUAGCAAACUGGAGAAUACCUCUUUUCUUGUAAACUUUUUCUUUUGUCUCAGACCCCAAACGUAAAGGCUUACAGAAACAUCAGUUGCUGCCUAUAUAAUUUAUUAGCAGUAACAGAUAAUCUAAUAGAUAAUAUUAGAACUAUCACAGCCAGAGGCUUUGUUCUGAAACCACAAAGCAGAGAAAAUGCUAAUUGAGAGUUUCUCCACAACACUAGAAUGGCAGUUGGCUUCAGCUCUCCCAAAUUUGGGUAACAAACUUCUCAGUGACAUUUCACUCCAUUCUCUGAAAACUCUAUAGAACAGUUGUGUAGACAUGGGAAUCAGAGUGAAGUCAGUUUCUUCAAAGUUGUCUUUCUGGUCUCCAAGUCUCGCAGCUGCAUUCUUUCAUGACAUGUUGACUCUCCCAAGUUUCUUCAGAAAUGCAUUUCAGUUCUUGGUGCUUCUCAAAGACUCGCAUUAAUUUGAUUCAAGACUCAUUUUGUUAUAUGUUAUCAUAUUCAAAGUUUUCUGUAAGAGGGGCCAUGGAAGUUAUCCACAUAUGUUACAAAUAUAUAAACACACAUACUUUCAAAGAAAUUACUUGGGGGGGGGGGUGUCAGAUUCAAUAUACCUUAUACCAAUUUGGACCAGGGCAAAGUAGGGAGGAGUUCCCCUUGGAAUUGCAGUAAAUCUAUAAUAAAGUUUUAUUUUGAAGGACAAUUAGUCUAGCUAGGCUAGGAAAUAGAAAUUAUGUAUCAAUAAUCGUAACUUAUUUGUAUAUAAAGGAAUGCUUCGGUAUUUCUUAUAACCUUAUUUGUGUUAUUUAUGAAUAUGAGUUCUGAAUUUGUGAUAUAAGCUGUCCUUUUUCAUAUUCACGUUUUUAGGAAUGAUUUAUUAAAGUGAAGGGGAGAGAUCUCUUUAAAACUGGGUAGAUGAAUAUUUUGAAACAGACUUCUCUUCAAAAUGAACCAUUUGUUAUGGAGGUUUCUUUAAACCUAAUUUUUUAUUGUAUAUUCUCUUAUGUUGGCACUUAAUUAAAUUUCGAUUAUGUGUGUAAUGUAUUUGUACCAUUGUUGUACUUACUGAAUAUCUUUCAAACUGUAACUUAGAAUUAAAUGUCAUUUUCCUACACAUACUCUCAAAUAUCGAAGAAAAUUAGCUAUAUAUGAACACUGACUAUUCAUCAACAGCUUGUGCCUUCUCUAUUAAGAAUUUGUGGGGAAAAAGGUCACCCUGACUUGAAUAAAAAUUACAAAUGAUGUGCUUGAAAAGAGUGGUAAGAAGGGAAACCAGAAUGUGUGAUUCUGAAGCUGAAUAAAAAUAAAAUUCUAUCAAUA